AUGCAGAGCUCCUCAAACUCGUCCUUAGACCCUGCAGCGGACGCAGUGACCAUAUGUGCGUACCCGUCUGUCUUGACCAUGGUGACCACUUGGCUUGUGUUGUACAUACUGCUUCUGCCGCUGUUUCUCUACGUUCUCUACCUCUGCUCCGUUCAGAAGAAUCCCAGUCACUCAGACUUUUUCACCUUCCACAUCAUCGCCAUGGACAUCAUCACCAUGCUGGACGCACAGAACGCGGACAGUACACCGGUGGUAAAAAUGGCGGAUAAGAAGAGUUUUCAGAUGUGCAACUGUUGUGGUUGGUCCAAAAUGACGACGUACCAGGGCUUGAGGACUCACCAGGGGAAGAUGGGAUGCACCCCGAAAGGAACCACCAUUCCAGAACGCACACAGCAAGUCAUCUUCAACACCUUCCUGCCCAAAUUCACCUACACACUGCCUCUUGAUCAGCAGAUUACAGAAGACAUCAUGAGGGUUUGGAGACAAAUGGAUCUUCCAGGACAAAUGCUGGAUACUGCAACAGUCACAGAGAUCCAGAAUGAGCAGUUUCCAGGCGUCUUGAGCCCACUUGCUUCUAACCAAGUGUUUCCAACAGGCAAUAUUCAAAGGUUUGCUCUUCCAGCAGCAAGCACAGGGUUCAGUCAGGAAAAGACGUUUGGACCAACUUCAAAUGAUACAGAGACUGAAAGAGCAAAGGAAAACAAGCCAAAAACACAAACACAAUCAGUCUUUGGCUCUUCUCAACGACCACUGCAGUUGUCUGACCAAAACAUAAAAACUCACAGUGCUCUGGACUCGAUGAUUAGAACCCAACAGACCCAGAAAUCUCACAGAAGUCCUGCUCUGGCUGAUGUAGUGAGGACUGAAAGAGAGAACAGCGCCAGUAUUGCGACAACUCAUCCUACGACAAGUCAACCCAUUGUCAGCGGUUUUUGCACCAGCACCCAACCGCAGACAGUUUUCAGUCUGUCAACACAGCAGACACCAAAGUUACAGAGUGCUGUUACUUCUGCUGAUGUGGUGAAGCAUGGACAAACAUCGACUGCUUUCAGUGGGUCACGGCCUUCACACCAGACUCAAAGCUUCCAGAGUGCUGUUACUUCUGGCGUGAAUAAUGAAACCACGACAUUAUUCUCAAGACUUGGAACAACUACAAGCAAUUUUGGUAACCAAAAACCAGCAGUUUUCGAUGGGCCAUGGUGUUCGCAGCAGACUCAAAGCUUCCAGGGAAGGCCUGAUACUCCUGCUGAUGUGAUGGACGGAAAGGAAACCAAACCAGGUUUCAGCACAACUCUAACAAGUACCAGCCAUGUCGGCAACAACAACCAAACUCAGGCGGCGUUCAGUGGCUCAGCAGGUCCACAGACUCAAAGCUUCCACAGUGCUGUUACUUCUGCCGUGAAGGAUGAAACCACGACAUUAUUCUCAGGACUUGGAACAACUCUGCCAAGUUUCAGCAAUUUUGGUAACCAAAAACCAGCAGUUUUUGAUUGGCCAUGGCGUUCACAGCAGGGAAGGCCUGAUACUCCUGCUGAUGUGAUGGACAGAGGAGAAGCCACACCAGGUUUUAGCACAACUCUAACAAGUACCAGCCAUGUCGGCAACAACAACCAAACUCAGGCGGCGUUCAGUGGCUCAGCAGGUCCACAGAUGUUCCAAUUGUCAACGCAAAUUCCCGGACCUUUCCAAACCCAACCAACGGCAACACACACCAUGCCACCUGCAGACGAUCCCACCUCUAGUUUUUUGGGAAAUCUGCUUAUCUCCAAUGGAACACUGACGGGGUCCAGUUCUGGUCCAAGUUCGUCCGCUGCAGAAGCUUCAGUCAAAGUGGAAGACAAACAGAAUACAGGAGGUGUGCAGCAGCAGCAGAUUGAGUAUUUCCAAACACAGCCUGGCUUUGCUCAAUUUCAAAAGACAUCAUCCCAGACUCUGUCCUCACAGCAAGGUCCCAGAAAAACUGAACAAGUGUCUACAAUGACUCCCUCCACUACCGCUUCCACUGGUGCGCCUCAGUCUGGCCAAAGCGAUCUACAGACAGGACCAGCAACUCUGCAAGCUGCACCUCCCCAGGAACCAAACCCAUAUUUUGAGACUCCUCCACCAAACUCUCAUCCGUCUACAGCCGAAGGAAACAAAACCAGACGAACUCUGGACUUCUCCACAGGAGCCCAUCAGGCUAAAACUUCACUAACAGUUCCAACGACCACAGCCCGAACACAGCUCCCUCUAGUGGACGACCAGAGGGAAAGAGAGGCUGAAAAACUAAACCAGCUACAACGGGACCAGAUAAAAGCAGAACUGCAGCAAAAGAUUCGAUCGCGAGAACAAAAGCUGUGCGAGAUCCGAGCGAGUGUCAAGGAAUGCAAGGGCAGUUUGGACGCAGAGUGGCUAGAAAUUGACAGCGUGUUUUCAGGCGUAAUUCACAUCGUGGAGGAGGCGCGACAAAGAGCCCUGCAGCCUCUGGAAAACAGGAGAGAAAAACUCAAGAGAGAAUCACAAAGUUUGAUUCAAAAAAUCCAGGAAGACAUUCUGAAACUUGAAAAGGCCAUCAAAGAAACGGAGACUGCCACAGAUUUAGAUAUUGUUCCUCUUCCAAAGAUCAGGACAAGAGACACCCAACAUAAUAUAAACACCACGUUUUCCUUUGGCCCCAUUCAAACCACCAUUUCCUCCAUGGUGGAGCAAAUUCAAGAAGAACUGGGAAAGAUCUCUGCGCUCGAACUUGAAAGAGUGAGGGCAUUUGAAGGUAGGUCAAGUUUCUGUUGA